AUGGGAAUUUAAGGACUUUAAAACUUAAUUAAACCUGCUUUAGAGUUCACCUCUCUACAUUAAUUCAAAGGAUAAAAAGCUGCAAUCGAUGCAAUGUCUUUUUUAUAUAAGGGAUGCUAUGGCUAUUCAUAUUAAUUAAACAAGGGAGAAUAAACAAGAGAAUAUAUGUUAUUUUUAUUGCGCAUAGUAAGAGUAGUUAAGCUUAACGGAAUUGAACCUAUAGUAGUAUUUGACGGGAGGAAUUUAAAAGCAAAAGAUUUCACUAUCAAAAAAAGAGAAGAAACAAAAGAAAAAAAUUUAUAAAAAGCAAAUGAAUUGAUGGAAUAAGGAAAUAAAAAUGAGGCUAUUAAAUACUAUCAAAGAUGUUUAAGAGUGAAUAAAGAAAUGAUUUAUGACACAAUAGAUAUGUUAAGGGCUAACAAUAUUGAAUAUUUAAUUUCUCCUUAUGAGGCAGAUUCUUAAGUAGCUUAUUUAGUCAAAUCUUAAUAAGCAGAUUUUGCAAUUACAGAAGACUCUGAUUUAAUAUGUUAUUCUUGUCCUAAAAUAGUGUUUAAACUAUCACUUGAUUCUUCUUGUUAGUACUUAGAUCUACUAAAAUACUGUAAUUCUUUGUAGGAAAGAAGUAAUUUGCAAAGUGAAGCUCUAAGGUGCUUCUUGAGUUAGAAUGAAUUAAACAGAAUCUACAUAUGCAUAAUGGCAGGAUCUGAUUACUUUCCAAGUAUUUAAGGAAUUGGUAUUAAAAAGGCUAUUGACUUGUUUUAUAGAUGUGGAACUUUCAAAAAUGUUAUGUAAAAGCUAAGAUUAGAACCUAAGAUUAGGCCUCUUAUUCCUGAGAAUUAUGAUAUGUUUGUCGAAAAAGUAGCUUUGAUAUUUAGGUAUUAGAGGGUAUUUGACAUGAAUACUAAGUAACUGAUAACAUUAAAUCCUGUUCCUGAAGAUUUUUCUUAAGAAGAUGAAAGGCUUAUUGGCGAGCAAAUCCCUCAUUUUGAUGAAGUUAGUUAAGGAUUGCGACACAUUUAUAGUUUAGAAAAAAGAGAGCUAGUUGAAAUAGAUAUGAAAACAUACUUUACUUCUAAAUCAGAAAAGAAGAAAUUCAUAAUUUAAGCUUAAAAUAAUUCGACUAAUAAUGAUUUCAGCAAUUUAUAACAAACAAAUGAAAAUGAAAAAUUGCAUUAUAAUUAAUACUAGGUAAAUUCUGAUCAAAUAAAGAAGUUACUAAAACCUCAAGAAGUUUAAUAGCUAUAGGAGUUAAAAAAGAAGUAAGAGGAAGAGUUAUAUGAAUUAAUAGAUACAUAUAAUGAAGAAUUGGGAGAUUUUAAUUUUGAUAACGCAAAUAAUUAAGAUGAAAACCCUAAUGGAGAAGAUGAAAACUUUGCUAAAUUUGGAUAAAGUUAUUUAUAUAGUGAUGAUUUUUAAAUUUAAAAAAAGAACAAUUCUGAUUAUACUUCUUAUUUAGAAAACCUAUGUAAUUCUUUUUUACAAGAUUACUAGUAAUUUUUAAAGAAUGAAGAUUCUCAAGUGAGAGUUUAAACUUAAAUUGUUAGGAGAGCUAGUUCUAACUUAAAUGAAUAAUAAGAAAACUAAGAUAUAAAUAAUUAAGAAAAUUAAAAUAAAAAAACAAUAUUACACAAUCCCUUUGCUAAAAAAUCCAAUAAAUUAAACUCUUAUUAACCUGACUCUCUUGAUGAUUUAAAUUUAUAAAGAAAAUUAAGUCCUUCCAAAACACCAUCAAAAAAAGUUAUCUCAGACAACAAAUUUAUGUAUAAAGAUGAAGCAAAUAUGUAAAAUUCUAAUGAAAAAUAUUCAAAUCAAAAAAGUAAUUCAUAAAAAAAAGUGACAAUGAAAGACUUCUUUUCUAAGAAAAAGUGA